AUGACGGUCGACGACCAUCCUGAACUUCCUCAGCAUAUUCAAAAGUGCAUCGAUGAGAAUGUCAAACAGGCCGACAUCCCAGCAGAGCUGCUCCGGGAGCAUAACAUCAAGAUUGGACUGCGCAGUGUCGAACGUAUUAUUGACCGUUUCCAACUCAAAACCACACGCCAUUCUGGUCUUUCGGAGCUCCAGAAGACCACAGCAGUACUGACGGUGACAGAAGAAGAUCCGCUCGGUCGAUGGGGAGCCCGAAAGGUGAAGGAAAAACUUGCAAUGCAGGGUAUUCAUAUGUCGCGGCCUGCUAUUACCACUGUUCGAAAAGCAGCGGACCCUGAUGCCAACGAUAAGCGACGACCAGAUGCUCGCACCGUUCAUAAAAGUGGUAUCUUUUGUAGCGGCCCGAAUGAAGAAUGGUGCAUGGACGGGCAUGAGAAGAUUCUUGAUUGCAUGGGUAUUGGAAUCUAUGGGACAAUUGACAAGUAUGGACGAUACGAGCUUCAGCUCAAUGCGAUGCGAUCUGUGCGUCGUGCUGAUAUUCCUCCGGCACUAUACCUCAGACUUGUCAAGGAGAAGGGAGGAAUUCCUAUCCAGACGACGACAGAUAUGGGCAGCGAGACUGGUAUUCUCGCAGCGCUGCAAACAACACUUCGUCAGGCUGCAUUUGAAGCCCUUCCACUUGACCAACUCCCCGCUCAUCGUUCUGUCAAGAGCGUUUAUAACAUCACGCGUGAACGGAACUGGAGACCUCUGUGGGAGAAGGACCUUGCCAACAUCAAAUUUCAAUAUGAGAGCGGCAAGAUUGGCGCAGGCUAUCAUCCACAAGAUCCCGUCCACCAGGAGAUCGCAGUGUUUGUAUGGGGUAUGGCGGUACAACGUCGACUUGACGAAUACAAGCGGGAAAAUGCGCUGCAUCGUGUUCGAAAGCAGAAGAAUGUCCUUCUUCCAACUGGCGGCCGACAUAAGGACUUUUAUGAGCACCCGGAGCGCUGGGGCGGAAAGGACCAACUCAUUCCUGUCGACAUGGCUAUUGUUAACAAGCUAAUUGAAGAGCACACUCCACCAGACCUUUACCAGUUCACCAGCAACGCUGCCAUGGAGGCCCUCUGCCAAGCCCUUUAUUCAGCGGUCCAACAACCGGAGGUCAGCUCUCGAAAUGCGUGGGCGGUGUUUACAGCAAUGGUGAAUGCGCUUCCCCAAGUUGUAUAA